GUUAGUGGCGGCGCUGAGGAGAGCGGUUGCCGCCAUGAUAGAACAGCAGAAGCGUAAGGGCCCAGAAUUGCCGCUGGUCCCAGUCAAGCGACCGCGGCAUGAAUUGCUGUUGGGAGCGGCGGGGUCGGGCCCCGGAGCGGGCCAGCAGCAGGCGGCGCCGGGAGCUUUGUUGCAAGCAGGACCUCCGAGAUGUUCCUCUCUUCAAGCCCCAAUCAUGCUUCUUUCAGGACACGAGGGAGAAGUAUAUUGCUGCAAAUUUCACCCCAAUGGAUCCACCUUAGCAUCAGCAGGAUUUGACCGACUAAUAUUAUUAUGGAAUGUCUACGGUGACUGUGAUAACUAUGCCACACUGAAGGGGCACAGUGGAGCAGUGAUGGAACUGCAUUAUAACACAGAUGGCAGUAUGCUCUUCUCAGCAUCAACAGAUAAAACUGUGGCAGUAUGGGACAGUGAAACAGGUGAAAGGGUUAAAAGGCUGAAGGGACAUACUUCCUUUGUGAAUUCCUGUUACCCGGCCAGGAGGGGCCCUCAGCUUGUCUGCACUGGCAGUGACGAUGGUACAGUUAAGCUUUGGGACAUUAGGAAGAAAGCAGCGAUCCAGACAUUUCAGAAUACCUACCAGGUGUUAGCUGUGACGUUCAAUGACACAAGCGAUCAGAUUAUUUCUGGUGGAAUAGACAAUGAUAUCAAGGUUUGGGACUUGCGCCAAAAUAAGCUGACCUAUACCAUGAGGGGCCACGCAGAUUCAGUGACUGGCCUGAGUUUAAGUUCUGAAGGCUCUUACCUCUUGUCCAAUGCAAUGGAUAAUACAGUGCGUGUAUGGGAUGUCCGACCAUUUGCUCCGAAAGAGAGAUGUGUGAAGAUAUUUCAAGGAAAUGUACACAACUUUGAGAAAAAUCUCCUGAGAUGUUCUUGGUCACCUGAUGGAAGCAAGAUAGCAGCUGGCUCAGCUGACAGGUUUGUGUAUGUGUGGGAUACCACAAGCAGAAGGAUUUUGUAUAAGCUACCUGGACAUGCUGGCUCCAUCAAUGAAGUGGCUUUCCAUCCUGAUGAACCCAUCAUUCUCUCAGCAUCAAGUGACAAGAGACUGUAUAUGGGGGAGAUCCAGUGAAGAUAUGGAAGAUUCCAAGGCUGCUUGACCUUGAGACCUCAGGCUGUGGCAUCAAAUAGUGGUAGACCAGGAUCCUCCUUCUAAUGAAGAUCAUUACUAGCAAGAAGUAUGGAGGAGGAGGCUGUAUCCCAAUAGCCACAUGUAUACCCUUUCGUCAGGAUGGAUACAGACAAGCUUCCAGUGGCUUCUGAAUACCACCUGCCAGAUUUCAGGAACUGCUUGGGUAUUUUUCUCUCCUCCAUGAUAUACCCCACUCCCACCCCCAGUAAGAGUUCUUCAAAGGGACAAACAUUGGUUGGUAAUGUAGUUUCCUGUUUCCUAAUUCAGGUAGAAAAUGAUAAAAUGUGACUAAAAUUGUUUGUGGGGAUUUUUUUUUUAAUUUAGUAACUGGCUUGUAUAUUUCUUUUUAUUUCUCUGAGUCAUUUUGUAUUAAAAACAAAAUAGAUGCCUUUUUACAAGA